AUGGGGGUUAGAGGGGCUGGAGAUAGGAGCUUGGUGAGGAUGAGAUGGAGGAGUGGUGGUGAUGGUGGCGAAGGAUGGGAUCCAGAGGAGAGGAAGGUUGGUUUUGGGGAAGGAGAUGGGAAAAGAUUGAGAGUGGGGAGCUGGGAAAUUUGGGUGAAGGUGGGGGAGAAGAGAGUGAGUGAGAGUGUGGCUAAGGAUGAGAUCCAGAGGCAUCAUUUAGGUUUUCUUAGAAUGACACGGGAACGAAUAUUUUAG